GGCAUUCACUUCACGCUAACGCUUUACAAUAUAAAUAAAGUACAUUAAAAAACUCUAAAAAUACUUACUUUUUCGUCGAAGCCUUUCGAUUAACACAGAUGGAGGGUCUCGCGUCCGUGCAUGAUCUUCAGGCGCUGUCUGCUCUGCUCUCCAAGCCAAAAGAUAAUGAUGAGGAAGAAGAAAACCUAACGUUACAGCCCAUGGCGAGGAUGGGGCCCGGGCAUAUCGGCCCUCCUGCUGCACCUUCAGGAAAAAACGAGGUAAGUAGCACUAGUGCCUAUGUGAAGAAGAACAGCAAAGACAUCUGGGAUGAGGCUGAGGUGACUGAAGGGGCACAUUUUGAUGACCUCAAUGAUCCACGACCACAACCAGAGUACGAGAUUGUGCUGAAACAGUCUGUCGGGACUGAAGAUUUGUUUCUCGGCUUAAGCAGAAAAGACCCCUCAUCCAUGUGUUGUGAAAGCAUGCUGGUAAGAAUUAAACUGCCAGAUACAAAAACAUCUGAUUUGGUGCUGGAUGUGAAGGAGACAUUUCUGGAUCUCAGAACUCCAAAGUAUAAGUUGGGCCUUCACCUGCCUCACCCAGUCCACAAACAGGAGGGCAAUGCCAGAUUCAUUACAGAAAGGGAAGAACUGGAGAUCACGCUGCCGAUGAACAGACCAAUGGACUGCAUUAAUUUGACCUGAGGGAAACAAAGAGAAAGAUAGACAAAGCUGCACUACAAUGUACUCAAUAACUUCUAUAGAUACAGUUCUAGAGCUGUUCCAUAAUGUUAAACCCUUUCCAAAUCAUUUUCCAAACCAAAUCAACAGCUUCGAAAGUGGAAAGGAUCGAAAGUCUGUGUAAGAAGUUAUUCAGUAUUAUAAAAUCACUUUUA